AUGGAUGUACUUCUGAAAAACUCGAAAGGGUUGUUGGUGAAUUCCGAGGGUUAUCCGAACGGCAUUGUUCAGCCAGAAGAUUACGAUUACGAAGAUGACAGCGACUUUGAUCCCGACGAGGAAGCUAUUAUCGAGGAGGUCGAUUCUGCUGGACUAUCCCGCACACGAGAACGUGAAGUCGAGGCAUAUAAUUCUCCGUUCGCUUCAACAGGAAGCCUAACUAGCACAAGAGUCACUUCGUCGAAUGACACAAUGAUUGUGACAGGCGCGGCUUAUCAAACCUGGAAGGCAUUAAUUAACUAUUCGUAUACCGGAAAUGUCCAGUUCUUGCCCCUUACCUCUACUGGUAUCAGAAAGACUUCACCUAAGGGUGUCGGAGAUGAGUUAUCAUCUUCUCAUCCUUGCUCACCAAAAUCUAUGUAUCGUCUGGCGGAUAAGCUCGAGUUGCGCACCCUUCGUGAGCAUGCCUUCAAGGCUAUCAGUCGUGAUCUUUCAGCGUCCAAUAUCCUGGAUGAAGUGACGUCCAAGUUUACAUCCGAGCAUCCCAAAAUCUUUCAGAUGGAGAUGGGUUUUCUGCUGGCGCUGCGCGGCAAUCCAGUCAUCUUGCAAAACCUUUCUAUGAAGAUGGAUCAGAUCGUCCGUGGUGAAGUGCCGCAUUGCAAAGAGGUUUUGAACACCAUCAUGGCUACGUUGUGGGGUAAACGAGACCACAAAAUGUCUUAUAACUACUGA